AACAGCAACCCCUAAACCCCAGAACCUUCUGCUCCCGCGCCGCCGAAACCCUAGUCCCCCCCACGCCAUGGCCCUCGCGCUGCGCUUCCGGCGUGUCCUCGCCGCGGCCUCCACCUCGGCGCCCCUGCUCCGCCCGUCCGCCUCAGUCGCCCGUCCCUCCCCCCUCGCGGCCCCCGCCUCCUCCCCUGUCGCGCCGCUCCCGCGGGCGCCGUGGCGGCUCCUCCCCGGCGGCGCCGCCGCCGGGUUCCGGUCCACGGCGGCGGCGGCUGCGCGGGGCGGUGCCGACUACGGGGCGUCCGACAGCAAGAUCUCCCCCGACGAGAUCCUCUUCGAGGGCUGCGACUACAACCACUGGCUCAUCACCAUGGAGUUCCCGGACCCCAAGCCGUCGCGCGAGGAGAUGAUCGAGACAUUCCUCCAGACCCUCGCCAAGGUCGUCGGGAGUUAUGAGGAGGCCAAGAAGAGGAUGUAUGCUUUUAGCACGACGACUUAUGUUGGUUUUCAGGCUGUAAUGACUGAGGAAAUGUCAGAAAAAUUUAAAGGUUUACCUGGAGUAGUUUUCAUUCUGCCUGAUUCAUACCUAUACCCAGAAACAAAGGAGUACGGAGGAGACAAAUAUGAUAAUGGUGUCAUCACUCCCAGACCACCACCUAUUCAUUAUAGCAAACCAUCAAGAACUGACAGGAACCGUAACUACCGAGGAAACUAUCAGGAUGGCCCUCAACAGCAAGGAAAUUACCAGAACCGUCCUCAACAAGGUGGUUACCAGAACAACCCGCCACAGCAAGGAAACUUCCAGACAAACCGCUCACAGCAAGAUGGAAGAGGCUAUGCCCCACAGCGGAAUUAUGCACAAGGUGGGCAGGAUGGUAGAGGUUUUGGAAGGAAUGAUUACGCAGACCGUUCAGGCUACAAUGGGCCACCUGGUGGUUUUCAAGGUCAAGCUCAGUACCAAGGGCAUGUAAAUCCGGCUGGACAAGAUCAAGGUUAUAACAACCCACAAGAGCGCAGGAACUUCCCGCAAGGGCAGGGAGGAGGUUAUAGGCCUGGUGGUCCUUCAGCACCUGGGUCUUUUGGUCAACAAUCAGCACCUGGGUCUUUUGGUCAACAAUCAGCACCUGGGUCAUAUGGCCGACCAUCAGCACCUGGGUCUUAUGGCCAACCAUCAACACCUGGAUCUUAUGGCCAACCUUCGACACCUGGAUCUUAUGGUCAGUCAUCAACACCUGGUAACUAUGGGCAGGCACCUCCAUCAGCGAAUCCAGGUGGUAGAGUUCCUGGUGCGAAUCCUAGUUAUGGUGGGGAUGGCAGACAGGGGACAGGACCGGCAUAUGGUGGAGAUAACUGGCAAAGAGAUUCUGGUCAGUAUCCUAGCCCAGGUGAAGGACAAGGGAACUGGCAGGGAAGGCAGUAAGAGCUUGAGUGUUCCAUUGAAGACAAGCAUGGUACUUGAGAUGUAGAAAUCCCCACCUGUAAAAUAAACAACUCUGGUUAUUAUUCUUCUCUCUUUUUUGCUUGUAUUCGAACUCUAAACUUAUGGACACGUGUUAUUACCAGACCUGCCGAUGCAAAUUACUAUUUUAGUUUUUUUUGGCCGGAUGUUGGCAUUUUUAAAUGGCACAGAAUGUGGAACUCUCCGUUGUCUUCGUGUAUUGUUUGUAGGGAUGAUGCACUGUAAAACACGUGCCAGUUACUAUAGUAAUUCUGAGUGGAGUUGUUUGUUUUGUUCCACGGUCGGAGCGAGGCAGAUUGAAUGAGAUCCAAAAUUUUGAUCA